ACUUUUUUCAUGACGACACUUGACAUCUGUCAUUUUUUUUUUUUUUUUUUUUUUAAGGAAAAAAAUAGAAUCUCCGCGAGUGUUAAGUGAAAUAAUAUCACACAAUGGGCACAAAAAAAAAUAAUUAAAAUGUUAUAAAAAGUUGUUUUUCAUCAAAUGAAAUUGUUUAAAUCAAUUUUUUGUCCUUAUGACAUAACCUAAAAGUAAAUAUAUAUUAUAUAUAUACGAAACAAGGGCGAAUCAAAAGGAAGAAAAAAAAUAUGUACAAAGUACAAAAUCAAAGUGAUAAAAAAAUGUCACAAUUACCAGGAUGGUUAUGGCCAAAUUCAAAUAUAUUACCACCGUUGUAUAAAAAAAUUUGGGAAUUUGUACGUGAAGAAAAAUCACGUCCUGGUGUUAUUCUCGAUGAUAUUCUUGUGGAUACAAAUAAAAUUUUUCCAAUUCUACUCACUAGUCAAUUAUCAACAGAAAUUCUCGGUUAUAUUUGGAGUAUUGCAAAUAAAAAAUAUUCUGGACAAUUAACUCAACAAGAAUUAUAUAUUGUUUUAGCAUUAGUUGCACUUGCCCAAGCAUCGUAUCCAUUUAAUAGUCUUGAUGUAUUACAUAUUGUUCGUGUGCCACCAAUUCCAAAUCUCAAUCUUUCUCUAUUAGAUAUCAAUAAUCAAGUGAAACAUGACACAUUCGAUACUAAUUUACCAAAUUCAUCAAUAACAAUAAAUAAUUCUAGUGGAAAUUUUAAUUUAAAUUCAAAUAUAUCACGAUCUGGAAAUCAUUCUUAUGAUACAAAAAUUUCAUCAUCAAGUAAUAAUUGUGGUUUUGGUGUUAAUUUCACUGUUGAAACACGUAAAAAUCAUUUAAGUGAUUCAAAUGAUGAUUUCUCGGAAUUUCAAAGUGCACCAUUGCCAUCAAUUCCACAAAUUCCAAUGUGGGACUCACGGCAAGGUUCAGCAAUUGGUAGCCGUCUUGCUAAUCAUAAUUUAGGUGUGAAAAAAUCAAUGGAAAAAUUAAAAAAAAAUUCAACAAAAUCACAAAUAAAUUGUCAAAGAAAUUUGUCAUUUGUUAAAGAAAUUCAAUUGGAUACUAAUAAUCAUGAGAGAAAUACAAAUUUUUUAUUAAACAAUGAAUUGCAAUUAAAUGAUAGUGUUGGUAAUAAUUCAACAAAUUUUUAUCGUGAUGGUAAUUUUGAUGGAUUAUCAGAAUUAUUUCCAAAAUGUAGUGUUAAAAGUCAAUCAAAAACGGUGAUUUUAAAAGAUACAAUAAUACGCAAUGAACCAACAAAAAGCACUGAAAUUAAUUCUAAAAAUUUUAAUGACGAGAAAAUUUUAAUUCAAAAUAAAUUUGAAUCAAUUGAAAAGAAUAAGUUAUCCUUGGGAGAGAAUUCAAAAGAUUUAAUGAAUUUACAACAAACGGAGGAUAAAUAUAGUGCUCUACGUGUUUUAAAUGAAGAAGUACCUAUUGGUAUUUUUGAUGAAACAAAUGUUGAAUCAGUUGCUGUUGAUGAUUUUGGUGAUUUUGUUUGUGCCGAGCAACCAACGCUAAUCACAUCAAUUGUUGAAUCAUUAAAAACUGAGAGCAAUGUUAAUUUGUCAUCUGAAUUUCUCGAUUUUAAAGGUGAUGAUUUUCUUAUUUCAACAAAUAAAAAUGAAACAUCAUUGGUUCAGGAAAUUACCGAUGCUUUUGAUGCAUUGGGAUUUGAAGAAUUUCGUGAGCAACCACCAAUUGAAAGUAAAUUCGACGUUACAUUCGAUGCAGAUAAAGGAAUUUCAAAGGAAGAUUGUCUCUCAGUAAAUAGUAUAGAAUUAGGAAAUAAUGCAACAGGAGCUCUCACUCGUUCUGGAUCUGUUCCAAGUCUUGAUCUUAAAUCUUUUCUCUCUUCCAAUCAUGAUGAUGAGACAGCCGUUGAAAAUAUGCAUCAGAUGAUUUAUUGGGAGUGGAAGCAUUACAUGGAAAGUUGUGUACUCUUGUUACAAGUUGCAGCAAAUAUUUUCUCAAAUAUCUCAUCAGAAGCAGUUUUACGAGAAGUUCUUGCUUCCGCUCAAGGAUACAAUUUUCUUUGCAAUUUAGCGGAAGUUGCUGCAGUUUGUCGACGAGUAAAUUUCUCGCACAAAGAAAUGGAUAUUAAUAUUAUGGGUUUCGAUGAUUUAUUAAUGGAUAUCGAUCGAAUUUGGGCCGAAAUGGAACCAUUUUACACAAACAUACCGAUUGUGACAGAAUUACCGGUGUGGCCAUUGCAUCAAAAUAAUAAUGUAACGUGCGCUCUUUGCUUAACAGUCAUAACAAGUGGCAAAGUGUCUCAUAAUGAGAGCAAUUAUCACGUGACGUGCGCAAAUUUAUGGUUGAAUUGCGUAAAUGGCAAUCUUCCUGUUCUACGAAAUCCCACAAUUCCAUCUCACUUUACAAUUUCAAAUAGCAUAAGUCAGAUAUAAAAAAAAGAAAUUAACUAAUCUCAGUCAUUCUAUUUAGAUUUAGAUCAAUUAUUUGUUAAGUUUAAUGUUUAAAAUCGUAUUUUUUUUUUUUUAAUAUUUUUAGAUUUGAGUUUUCAAGCCCAAAGAAAUGAAAAAUAUUUCCUCUGAAAAAGGCUUGAGAUACUCAAAACUGUGAUGUUACGACACGAAAUUAUUUAUUAAUCGAAAUCUCCUUUUUUUUUAAAAAAACAAUUAUUUAAAAUUGUUUUCUUUUUUAUUUUAGAUUUUAGCUCAAUGUUUUAGAAAAAUUAUGAAUCUCAUUUAUUUUAUGAUUUUUUUUUUUCUCAAGAAUUCCAGUAGUAGUUUAAUAAUAGUAAAAUGUCUUCUAAAUAUUAAUGAUUAGUUAGAAAUUCUUUAAAAUAUUGUUAUUUAAUUGAAAAAAAAUUUUAGUAAUCAACAUUUAAAUGUUACUAUAUGUAUUGUCCGUCCGUUUGGAGUAUUUUGAGUAUCUCACUUUAUUUAUAGAAUAUAUUCAAAAAUAAUUUAUUUGAAAUAAAGUAUUUUAAAUCCACAGUUAAAAUUUCAUCAAUACGUUAAUUUUUGAUUUUUUAACACUUUUUUUUUCUUAUAAUUGAUUGUUUUAUAAAAAAUUUUUUUUUAGAAAAUUAAAAAUGCAGCAUUUAAUUUUAAAAAUUCGAAUAUUUGCCGCCUUUACGAUUUUUCUCGCUGUGGCGCAUCACUUCCGGAAUUGACUCCGAACAAGACAAUUUUCUUCAUAUUCAUUUAUUCUCUAUUAUUUUUAUUAUUGUACUAUAUUUUUACAUUUACAUGUAAUAUUUGAAAUAUUAUUAUUUUUUAUUGCGAUUGCAAAUUUUUUUUGUUUUUUAAAUUAUUUUGAAUAUUUGAAAAUUCAAAUAUUUACCGCUUUUUCUUUACACAUGCGCAGUUGCGUUUGCGCAGUGAUUUUAGUUGCCAAUUUUUUCCGUUGCAUGUCGCUACACUUCCGGAAUCAAUUUUCCAAAUACCGCCAGAAAAUUCUCAUUGCGUCAUUGGAUAAACAAAAUUUUCCUUCCAAAAGUUUUAAUUACAA